AAUUGAGUCAGUAUCGCACAAACAACACUAACGGAAACAUCAACGUGAAAGCGAGACGGACGCCCUCCGUCCCGUUAUAUGCUGUGUCUGUCUGUCUGUGUGUUGAGAGUUCUACGUCGCGCACUCCAAAAAAAUACAAAACAGCAAAAGAAAAAAACACAAAACUUUAACACUCACACACACUGGCACACACACACACAUACACGAGCAUACAGUAAGCUUCAGGUGCUAGAACAACAACAGCCAACGAAAAGGAGACAAACGUUUAGAUCUCAAAAACAUUAAUAUAUAUAGUUAAACAAAAUAAAAAUAUCAAAUAAAAAACAAGUGCAAGCAAAGAGCAAAGCGCCCAAUGCGGCCAAUGGAAAUGCCAAAGAAAAUGCAGCAGCUACAAAUUCGACAACAAAUGCAAAUGCGACAGCAACAGCAGAAGAAGCAGCAGCAGCAGCAACAACAUCAACUGCAAUUUCCCAACACAUAAGUCCACCGAAUUUUCCGUCUUUGUCGCGCGCGCUCACACACACACACACACGCAUACAUACACGGAGACACAUGCAUGUGCAUAAAUGGCAAUAUGGACGAACAGCAGCAGCAUUUGCGUUGUAUACCAACACAGUGACACGCGCGUGCCAAAUAUUGCCGAUUUUAUCACACGAACAACAACAACAACAGCAACACCAGCGGGACCAGCUAUUAACUAAAGGAGCCAUUACAACAACAAUAACAAGAUCCAGCAAAGCAACAACAACAACAACAACGAGAGCAACGAACAUUGCUGGAAGGCGUCGCAAAAUAUCAAAAUGUCAAUUCAGAAGCUUAACGACACCACCAACUCGGGCUACGUGAGUUCCGAGGAGACGGACUCGCUGCUGGUGAGCAGCUCGAAUCCGUCGAAGGGCGGCGGUCGGACGGCUCUGCUGCGCCAGGUGAAGAGUAGCUCCACAAAUGGGCCAACGACGGGGGCGUCCACCUCGUCCUCGGGAUCGGUAUCGGUGUCGGUAUCGGGCGGCGGUGGAUCCGGUUCCGGUGGCGGAUCAGCAUCGGGCUCAGCAGCCGGGGCUUCCAAGCCAACGCUAAUGCGUCAGGAUCGAACUUCCACCUAUCUGACGAGUCCGCAGCAGUCGCAGCACGCGCGGAUGGGUUCCGAGGAGAGCAUGCGAGGUGGCGCCGGAGCCGGCGGACACGACGAGGAUGUGGAACAGGGCCUGGUCCGCAGCAGCAUAGUGCCUGAUAUCGAAGUACACGAAGAGGACCAAGAGCAACACAGCCAGCAGGGAAAAGCAACGACGAUGGCAACGAUGACCAAUAACCAACAGCAACAGCAACCGACCAUAUCAAUUAUGAAUUUAAGCCUCAAGCCAGGCGAUAGCCACAGCCACAGCUCCAGUCCGGGCAGUCAUCCGAAUCUGGGCACCUCAUCAUAUCAGAAUCUGGCCUCGAGCAUACCGCCCAGCGUACCAAGUCGCUGCAGGGCGUGCCGCAAUUGCAGUCGACGUGCUUCCACCACGCCCACCACGCUGAUCGAUCGCUCCGCCUCCCGCGACAGUGUGAAAAGUGCCUUCCAGCAGGGCAAUCUCAGCGGCUCCAUGGCCAUUUGCAUAUCGAACUCGGCCCUGCCGCAGCAGCAGCAGCUGCAGCAGCAGUAUCACCUGCAACAGCAGCAGCAGCAGCACUAUCAGUUGCAGCAGCACCAUCUGCAUCAGCAGCAUCUGCAGCAGCCGCAGCAGCAGGUGCCGCCCGUGCUAAUCACAUCAUCGCCAACGAAUGGAUCACGGAUAAUACGGCAAAGCUCCCAGCCGGAAUCGAGCAGCACGGCCAUUUGCUGUGGUCCCCAUUCCGCCUGCGUCGGCCACGCCCACUCGCACUCGCACACGGUACCAAAUGUCUCGCUGAAGCAGCUGCGCGAGAGUUCCGGCGAUGGAAUCGCGGGCAUUGCAGCCGACUCCCUGCGGAUCAACGGUGGCAUGCGGCCCUUCAAGCAGGGCGUUCUUCUAAUGCCUCGCACCUUGUCCGAAAGCCGAAAGUUGCGCCUUCGAAGGGCCUUCACCGAGGCCACUAACGAAACACUCCAAUGCUCCAAAAUGCUCCGCAAACCGGCGUCGACACUCUCAAUUCCUGGCUCGAUGAAAACACCUUCCAUUGCGAACCGGGAACAGAUCUCAUCUGGAUGCAACGAAGAAGCGGCCGAGGCACUAGUGGGUAUCCACUCAGACUACCCUAGGUAUGAAAUGUAUAUGGAAGAACGUGCUCUUACUGGCGGCAAUACGUCCAGGAAGCCAUCAACAAACUCGGCCAAACACAAACCCAAUGUGGGCUAUCGCCUGGGAAAGAGGAAAGCCCUCUUCGAGAAGCGCAAACGGAUCAGCGAUUACGCCCUGGUCAUGGGCAUGUUCGGGAUCAUCGUGAUGGUUAUCGAAAACGAACUGAGCAGUGCCGGUGUCUACACAAAGGCAUCGUUCUACUCGACAGCGUUAAAAACCUUAAUAUCUGUUUCGACUGUGAUUCUUUUAGGACUUAUAGUAGCUUACCAUGCUUUGGAAGUGCAGGUGAGAUUAUUCAUGAUAGAUAACUGCGCUGACGAUUGGAGGAUCGCAAUGACAUGGCAACGAAUUAGUCAAAUAGGGUUAGAACUUUUUAUAUGCGCUAUACAUCCAAUUCCUGGCGAAUACUAUUUCCAGUGGACGACGAAAUUGGCCAAUAAGAAUAAAACAAUUGGCACCGAAAUGGUGCCAUAUGACGUAGCUUUAUCAUUACCUAUGUUCCUUCGAUUAUAUUUAAUCUGCCGCGUAAUGCUGCUGCAUUCAAAGCUAUUCACAGAUGCAUCAUCACGGAGCAUUGGCGCUCUCAAUAGGAUUAAUUUUAACACAAGAUUCGUUUUAAAAACUCUAAUGACAAUAUGUCCGGGAACGGUUCUAUUGGUCUUCAUGGUCUCGCUGUGGAUCAUUGCAUCGUGGACGCUGCGUCAGUGCGAAAGGUUCCACGAUGAGGAGCACGCGAAUUUGCUUAACUCCAUGUGGCUAACGGCCAUCACAUUUCUGUGUGUCGGCUACGGCGACAUUGUGCCAAACACGUACUGUGGACGCGGUAUCACCCUCACCUGCGGCAUGGUGGGCGCCGGCUGUACGGCUCUACUGGUGGCCGUUGUCUCGCGGAAACUGGAGCUGACCCGUGCCGAGAAGCAUGUGCACAACUUCAUGAUGGACACGCAGUUGACCAAACGGCUGAAAAAUGCUGCGGCGAAUGUUCUGCGUGAAACUUGGCUCAUUUACAAACAUACAAGACUAGUAAAACGGGUUAAUCCCGGCCGUGUAAGAACCCACCAAAGAAAGUUCCUUCUAGCUAUAUAUGCGUUGCGAAAAGUUAAAAUGGAUCAGCGCAAACUAAUGGAUAAUGCAAACACAAUAACUGACAUGGCCAAGACACAAAACACGGUCUACGAGAUAAUAUCGGACAUGUCUAGCCGUCAGGAUGCCAUCGAAGAGCGUCUAACCAACCUAGAGGACAAAAUGCAGAGCAUACAAGAGCACAUGGAAAGCCUUCCAGACCUAUUGUCUCGAUGUCUGACCCAGCACCAGGAGCGGAUCGAGCAGCGGCGGAACUUUUUACAUCCUGACACAGCUGCAGUUGCCCCCAUUCAAGCGCCAACGCCCCAAUCGAUGUUCAAUGCAGCGCCCAUGCUGUUUCCCCAUUCUAGAAGUGUUCCCUCAUCCAAUAACGCCGCUGCUACUUACCAUUGGCCAACAAGCCCUAUUUUGCCACCUAUAUCUAGUAGAACACCACAUUUAGUGCCUGAUACUCACAUGCCAUCAAAUGGAUCUGCAGUUAAUAGCUACGCAUCUUCCAACAAAUACGGCAGCUGAAUAUCAGAAAGAGAGCGCUCCAACUCCGUGAUUAACAUCGAGAUGCUAACAAUAAGGCCGGAUCGAUUCUGGCCAACCUCAUCCGCACCCCAAAAGCCAACAUCAACAUUCACAUCAACAUCAAUGUCUACGUCAAAGUCUAAACCCGAAUUCGAAGUGGCCGAGACAGCGCUGAGGCAACGCGUGCUAUCGCCGUCGUUAUCGGAGUUUCAAUCGAAAUCGCUAUCGAGACCAUCGUCACAAACGCAGGAGCACAUUUUGCAACAGCUCAUUGGGCGGGAAAGGGAGAUGAUACCGAUGAUACCGAUCAUACCGAUACCAGUGAUACCGGAGGACGCCGAAUCGUUGGCAAACACCAAUACGAACAGCAACAGUUCGCCCGAUCAGCAGAAUGUGCCCAUGGCUAUAAGUACAGUACCGCCAUCGAGUUCAGCGCCCGCAUUCACAGCGACCGGAAGCGGAGGUUCGGUGGCCGGAACUAGUGGUGGCAUUGUGAAAUCGAUAACGAUGAACGAACCGAUUACGACGGGGAGCGGCAAGCCGAUUGCCUCAAAUAAGUUUACUAGGAAAAGAGAACGUGUAUGCAAUAAUAGUAGUUAAUAGUAGUAGUCAUAGUUAUAGUAAUAAUAGAGGUAAAAGUAAUAUUAGUAAUUCUACAAGUCGAAUUUCGAACUCGGCCUUUUGUAAAUAAGCCUCUUCGAGAUGAGAAAAAAGUCAAAUGUUAGCAUAUACAUAUUAAUAUACAGAAUACACACACUAUGUAUCUAUAUCUGUAUAUGGAUAUAUAGGCCUCCCCACAAAACAUCCAAAAGAAAGCAAAAAUACAAUAAGCGAAAACCAAACAGAAUAUAUGUAUACAUAUAUAUGUCAUUGUGUAACUUUUUUUUUCUAAGUUUUAGGCUAAACGUAUUUGUAAUAUUUCACCUUGGGCCAAGGCAGCCUGUACAUGCAUACUAAAAUACUUAACAUAAUAUAGCAUGUAGGGAGCGUAUGUGUGUGUAUGUGCAUGGGAGUGUGCGAAUGCGAGUGUACAGGACCAGAUUGGUAAGGAAGUUAGGUCAUAUGUAGGACAUAGAUCGUAGGGCACCAGCAUGUAGAAUCCACGUAUAUGAACGCUCAGAAACAGCAACAGAAACAGCAAUAGCAAACCCAAAAGAUCUGGCACCAAGAGUCCAUACCAGUAAAUCCGUAUAUCCCUUAAAGAACUGCAACCCCCAGCACUUCCGCUUCCGGUGCAGCCAACCAACUGCAAAACAUCCACGAACAUGGCAAAUUCUAGUGUCCGUCUGUCUCGAAUUUGUGUACAUAUAUUGUAUCCGAAGGAUGUGUGUCUGACCUGACUGUGUGUGCGAGGCAAGUGAAAGCAUAAGCAUACGAGGAACCCAUUAAAGCCCCAACAAUUAUACACAAAACGAGCAUGACGAGGAAAAAAACAAGAAAAAGAACUAAAUCCCCAAAGAAGAACAAUGAAAAACUAUCUAACUGUAAAGUGCAUGUUGCGAGAUUUAGAAAACAGCAAAAACAGCGAAACCAAAAACUAA